AUGACACUCUAUCCACUGCGCCACACCGGCCAGAUCUUAUUUAUUCCUCUUUCAAAUCCAAGCUUAAUGUUACUUCUGAGUUCUCACCCUGACAUUUCCCACCAGCCACCAUCUCCUGUGCUGCCCAUCCCCUUACCUGGGAAGGGAAUGAGCUGUGAGCACUACACCUUGGUGGCACCCCAGCCCACAACCACCUUAGUGCCCACCCUGCAGGGACACUCCAUCCUACCCCUUGGCAGGUCCAGCGUCAGCCACAAAGGCCCAGGGCUGAGGACACGGGGCUCCUGGAGCGGGCAUAGGCACAGGUUUAGACAGCUGCCCAACGACACCUGCCAGGUAAGGGAGGUCCCCGGCACAGGCAGUGUGUGUUUCCAGGAAGGACCCAGCAGUGUUAGGGUUGGCUCCAGGCUGCGUCUGCAAAGCUCCUCUGGGCAGCAGUGA